ACGGAGUUCUAAGACCAGUUAUUAAGUCUUUUGAUAUCUUUUCAAUUCGAGUUUCAUCUCAAACUUUCAUCCUCAUCACUUCCUUGGAUUCCUUCGACGAACAAAAUCGAAAACCCGAAUUCGAAGCCGAUCGAUUUUCAAGGUUGCAAGAGCAAGAUAGUUGCAAGGAUAAUUGACGACAGAUAAACCGCAGAGCUCCCGUCCAUCGAGUUGUUCUACCGAGUUCACCUUUCGAAAAAUGAGUCCAACUAAAGAGCUCUCACUGUUGGCACGUUCGAUUGACUCAGUUGACCUUAAACGAACGGAUGUACUCGUAGAGCAACUUUUGAACUUUGGCAAGGGUAUCAGCAAUUUAGAUACCGAACUCAACUUGCAGACGGCCGAUGAAAGUGCACUCGCAUUAGCAAUAGAAAAGCUGAAGAUCAAUUCGGAAAAUAAAGAAACCAAUGAUCAACAACUUAAAAAAUUGAUUCGAUCACACCUUUAUGAUUGUCUUGGAGGAUUAAAAGUUAGAUCUUGGUCAAUGUUAGAACACAUUUAUAGAAAAGAACCUUGUCCGUUUCCAACUAGAGCUCGUGGAUUGUUUACACUUGAAAAUCUUACUUUACCAAUCGGUCAAGGUCGUCAUCAAAUCGUUGCACGUGGUUAUGAUAAAUUUUUUAAUGUUGACGAAGUUAGCUGGACACGGUGGGAAACACUGCCCUUGAAGUCGAAAGGUCCAUAUCACCUCACCAUGAAGACAAAUGGUUGCAUCAUCUUUAUAUCUGCUUUAACACGCUCUCAAAUAUUAGUGACUUCUAAGCAUGCUAUGGAUACCGAAUUAGUAACGCAAGAUCCGGAAAACAAGUCUUUGAAGGAAAAACCAGUCUCGCAUGCCGGAAUGGGGGAAAGAUGGUUAGAACGACAUUUGGAAUCUGUCGGACUCAAGAAAGCUGAUCUUGCGGCAGAACUAUGGGAUGCCAAUGUCACUGCUGUCGCUGAGCUUACGGAUGAUACCUUUGAGGAACAUGUUUUGCCCACUCCGGAUGAUGAGAUAGGUCUUAAUCUACACGGUCUUAAUCUCAAUCAUCCUUUACUCUACACCUACUCUCCUGAGCAUGUGGCACACUUUGCUAAACGUUGGGGCUUUCAUCCUACACCAUGGAAGACCGUUGAAACUGUUGAAGAUGUCAAACGGGAGUGUUCAAGUAUCGAACAAAACGGUUGGCCUGGGAGAGAUGGUUUUAUAGAAGGUGUGGUUGUACGAGGAUUUUUAGCAGACGACGAUCCUGGUGAUAGUGAAAAACCAUAUCAGCAAUUGUUUUGGAAAGUCAAGUUUGAAGAACCAUAUCUUAUGUAUCGAGAAUGGCGCGAGCUUACAAGACGGAUGUUGAGUGAAUUUAAAAAACUCAAGCAAACUCAAUUAUCAGAGCUUCAGAUCACUCGUGCUGAUGAUAACCAACGGCCAACCUGCGAUACGGACGAAAUCCUUCGACUUCUCAAAAUCAAUGUCAAGAAGAUUCAAAAUCCUGAGUCUAAACUUUACGUGCACUGGAUGGUGGGAGAGCUUCUUUAUCAAGAUGAUCGGUUCGAAGAAUGGAAACUUAAUCAGGGUAUCGUGAGCACUCGUGAAAGGUUUCUAGAAUGGAGAAAGACAGUGGAUGUUCAUAGUAUUUUAGGUUUUACAAAUUCAAGAGCACUAAAAUCCAAGUCGAAUCAUUUAUCAUCAUCUUCAGAAAAGACAUUCGACAAGAUCAUGUUGGUACCUAUUGCCAUUCCAGGUUGUGGUAAAACCUCUCUUGGUGUUGCUCUCAGUUCGCUUUAUAAAUGUGAUCAUACUCAGAGUGAUGAUAUCAAAGCCAAAAAAACUGGUCCAACUUUUAUUGCCAAUCUCAAAACUUUCUUACUGGAUUUAUCAGGUCCGAAAUUGGUUUUUGCAGAUAAAAAUAAUCAUCUCAAGACACAUCGAAAAGCUUUAUCUGAAUUAGUAAACCAAUUGAGGCAAGGCGUGAAGAUGAAAGACCCAUCGGCUUCUAAGAAGCAAAAAUCUACCGAGGGGAAGCCUUCUGUCAACAUCAAAAAAGUAGAGACACGAGUGAUCGGAUUGGUUUGGAACGUACCAUCUUACACUCGUAGCGAAUUACAACACCUUACUUCAGAGCGUAUCGUCAAGCGAGGCGACAAUCAUCAACUUCAUGAACUUUCACCUGAUCAAUUUCCACUUCCAACCGAAACUUUACUCACAAAUGCUAUUGGACAGAUUGAAUCAUAUCGAACAAACGUACGAAAAGAAAUGAAACUUGAUCCAAAGCUUUAUGAACCACGUUAUUUUGCUAUUAAGAUUCCGAUCGAUCUACGUACUUUAGUCCUUGAACUUUUUUCUGAAUCUUCUGAUACUCAACCUAACUCAAAUCGAACUUUACUUGAUGAAUUUAUAACACAUAAACGAUUUAAUGUUGUACCUCAUAUUACUCUUUUACAUUCAAGUGAGUUAGCAGCUGGAGUUGGAACUGAAUCAGAACACCGAUUGAAAGAAUUAUGGAAUGAAUAUAGAACUCAAGCAAUAAGCAACAAUAUGAAAACAGAAGAUAUCGAAAUCGUUAUUGGACCUAGAAUCAUAUGGGAUUCAAAAGUUAUGGCAAUAGAAGUCAAUAAGAUCGGACCUGAAAAGAUUGUGUGUUGGAAUGAUUUACCGAUUAAAGAGGAUUGUAUACCUCAUAUUACUGUUGGAACGAUUUCAGAUGAGAUUAGACCGAUUGAAGCUGGUAAAUUAGUUAAAAAGGUUUUGGAAAACAUUUUUUCUGAUGGAAAUCAUGGGGAAGGAAUUCAUAUUUUAAAUAUACCUUUUCGAACCCUUAGAGGUUCGAUUAGAGGAUUAAAUUGA